AUGAUUGAUUGGGCUGGCGGGGACCUCGAGUCCAUGUUUGCACUGCGCGUCAAGCAGCUUGACUGUGCCUUAACCGGCGAAGAUCUUCAGCGUGCUUCCAUUAUGAAACAUCGUUGUAGCACUAAGGUAAAUUGAUUGAAAAAAGCUGUAAUAGGUAAAGAUAGGUAUAGGCUCACAUUUUUUUUAAACACAAGCAAAUAUACGUAUUUCCAUCUUCGGAAUGAAAAUAAUUAAGACUCAAUACUAAGAGUGAUUAUCUUCAUCGCAGAUAUUGUUACAAUCUUGUUUUUACAGUGUAGGUGUAGUUCUAGGAUCAACCGUUGACUUUUCAUCCACAAGGCAACCUUAGGGUUUCAGCAUUCCUGCUCUUGCUUCGGGUGAUUGGAUUGAAAUAUCUAAUACCCAAUUGUCGGAGGAGUAUUUGGCCUGCGCUCGGGAUGCUGAAGUGGCUACGUUUACCGUGACACGCAACGUGGGUCACUUCAUCGGGCCGCGUGGCGCCAAUAUCCGCAAUUUGCAGAAGCAGACUAACACUCUUGUUUAUGGCUUCGGACGGCGUGGCGACAACAAAUUCAUGGUCUACUACCGACGUGAAGUGGACAAAGAGAAAGUCCUUCAAAGAGCACGAUGAAACCUUACUCAGGAACCCGUAGAGGACCACUCCAUUCCACGAAUUAUAAGUUGUAAAACAAAGAGUCUUUCCGAGACUAAGACCAUCGUUGAAUUGAGAAAUACUACUGUUAGUAUGUACCUAGUUAGAAACAAAAAUAAUUGUCGACGCAACUAUAACGUGUCGAGGAGGAUCAUGAGUUCCUUUCUACUGUAGAACUGAAAAAGGAUGUUUCUUUAUGUUUUGAUAAAAAAACUAGUCCUGAAGGAAAGAUGUUGUAAGAAGUAUUCACACGUUAGUUAAAUGGUGACCGGCAAUUUUCUCCACGACCCAUUAUUCCUUCCGAUUUGCAUUCCUUUAAUAUUGAUAUUUAUUCCUCACAAAAUACGCCAUGGUCCUGUAUUGGUAUUCAUUUUCUUUUCUCCUUCACAUCAUUCUGAAACGUCCUUUCUUUGUGGAAAAAAAGGACUGUUCCGUCCAAAAAGACGCUGCACUGUCCAUGAUACAACAAAACUUGGAUAUUAGAGCUCUUGGUAGCGCCUCAUUCUCGUAAGAUGCUCCUAAGAAAACCUAUUCAUUCUAUUUCUAGGUUGGUUGAGAGUGUUCAUCGAGCAAGAAU